GCUCAACUCCAUACUCGUGGACAGCUUUGAUAAUUCUGCUUCCAAAACAAUACUUGCAACAAUCUCAACGCAUCUUAAAACACCCGCCAUGGAUAUUAUAAUACCAUAUCAUCACCGACCAUCACUAUCAUAGGAUUAAUGUGUUCAGCAUCAUUUAGAAACCCGCAAACAUCAGACCGAGGCUCGAUGGAGAGAGUCAAUCAUGAAGCUAGCACAGCAAACACAAUAAAUACAGCUGCGAGUAUCCAUACAAUGCGAUCUCAAAAUACUGGAGCGUCGACACCGCAAUCUAGGGUUCCUCCUCAAGAACGAGGCUAUCGCAAAUUGGCGACCUUCAUGACCGAAGUCGACGACGUUGUAAUAUUUCGACGAUUUUCAAAGCUAAAUAUGCUCAACUUAUUGAGAUUACAAGCCGAACUCGCAGGUCUCGAACUCAGCUAUGAAGCCACCUGCGAUAUAGACGACGACAGCAGUAAUCCACAGGAAAGAGGAUUCACGCAAAGCUUUUAUGAACUGCGGGAGUUCGGACAGACAUCCCCCGGCUCACAACUGGAACUUCUAGAUAGAAUCAAUGAUACACUUCACAAGUAUAAUAGCGCAUUAUUGCAAGUAUCUCAAGUUCUCCGGCUAGACAAGCCCGAUAGAUACGACCUUGAAAGACUUCACGAAUGGUUGAGGGAUAAAGAUCGGGGUGCACUGUUUCUCCAUAAACCAGAGGAAGAAAUAUGGGGCAAGUUAUCAGGCUCAGAUGCCAAAAUUAGUACCUCAGAUCAAGUGACUCUUAUUCAGAGAGAAAGUGGGUUUUCGCGAGGGGUUGUUAUUACUCUAGUCUCUCUUUAUGAUCUUAUAUGGGGACGUCAUCGAAAUAAAACCAAAAGAGUUGAUAUUGAACGGAAUCAAACGUAUUACUCCGAAUCCAAUGUCCGAUCGGCGGCUAAAGUGCUCACUUCGGUUCUUGCUUCCCUUUUCCCGGGAAUUGUGAUAUUAGCAUUAUACCUCAUCGAUACCACGUUGAAACGAAUCGGCGCUAUGCUUUGCUUCACGACAUUCUUUGCGUUCGUCCUGUCAUAUUGGACAUCGGCGAAGACGAUUGAAGUAUUUGCUGCGACAGCUGGAUUUGUCGCUGUAGAAGUUGUAUUUAUUGGAAGUGCGAGCACCAAAUGAACGGCAAGUUGAUUGCCACAGACCGUUCUGAUGGAAUAGAAUCUUUUGAUAGUGAUGAUUGUCUGCACUUUUAAGUACCUGGAAAUACCCCUAUUUGGCGGCUGGGGAGACACACAUAUAUGUGUUUACCGCAACGCUUCUACAAUGAACAAUAACAAUACAAACUUUCUAAUAGCUCUAACUCAAUGCUCAUUCACCUGCGAUUCCCUUGCUUUGGGGGAAUCUGUAGGUAGAAAGAUCGGAUAAUGCUUAAUGUGGAGGGUGAUUUUGCUACCAAAUGUAAAACAAUAGGAAUUAUUAGUAUCAACUUAGUGUUGAUUAAAGUAUAAAGUACUUUAAUCUUAUUAAUAUGAUUGAUUAUAUUAUUCAUCUUAAUCAUUAUUAACUAUAAGAAGCUAAUACUUGAUAUAGUAGAAAUACAAGUGUUAAUAUUAGCG